UGGAGAUUGGACGGCGGACGCUUCCUUUCAUGUGCUUUGCAUGUCAAUUUUUUAUUGCCAGCAGUUUAUGGGACGAUGCUCUUGUAAAUCGGCUUGAAAUCUCCUUUUUGGCUGUCAAUAAACUCUUGAGCAAUGAGCAACAAGUCUUCGCUGAGCUCGAACGGCUCGGGAAAAGACAACAAGCCCGGGCAAAAGAAGAAAGGAGGUGGCUAUUUAGCGAGACAAGUUAAAUCGAAAAAGGGACUCACGGAAGAGGAGCUCGCUGGGAAAGAAAAUAUCUCGCCAGAGGAUGUGUUAAGAUUGACUAAAGCCACGAAAGAGUAUCUUUGCGACAGAAAGGCGAAUAUUUACGGCAUCGAGUUUACGAGGUUUAAAAUUCGUAACAUGGACUGUGGAAGGACACUUUUUGAGAUCGCCAAACCGGACGACCUUGAGCUUGCAGGCGACGAAGACGAAGCUCUCGGGGAUGAAGUUGUUGAUGACGAUCCAAAUGCAGGUCGAUUUGUCCGCUAUAAAUUCACGCCGGAUUUUUUAAAGCUGCGAACAGUUGGAGCAACUGUGGAAUUUGUUGUUGGCGACAGUCCUGUCAGCAAUUUUCGUAUGAUUGAACGACAUUUUUUCCAAGACAAAGUGUUGAAAACAUUUGAUUUCUCAUUUGGAUUUUGCAUACCGAACAGCAAGAACACAUGUGAACAUAUCUAUGAAUUUCCCAGCUUGACGAGCGAAGAAAUUCAAGAAAUGGUGAAACAUCCUUAUGAAACAAAAUCGGACAGUUUUUAUUUUGUCGAUAACAAAUUAAUUAUGCACAACAAAGCAGAUUAUGCAUAUAAUGGCUAGGAAUCCAUCUCACUGUGAUAUUUUAACACUUGGAAAUUUUAAUAUAUUUGUAAAUAUAUUGUAGGUGUAGUAUAAAGAUUGCAGUGCGCAUUUACCAUGUAAGAAAUUGCCCAUCGUCAGGGCUGUGGAGGAGGGGGGUUAGUUUCCUACUUUUAGAAGAGAGAAGGGGAAGGGGUGGUAUUGUACAUUUCCUAUUUUCACGAGGGAGAGGGGGUAUGGUAUUGCCCUUGGUCAUUGGCUCCUACAACAGUAGAAAGCCUGUCCACAGCCCUGGUGAUAAUUUGACAGUCAUUUGACUUGAUCUUGAUGUACAUAUUAUUCACUCCAUGGGUUCAAGUGAACAUUUAAAAGACUCGUAACAUGCAGCUGAGUUCAAUU